AUGAAUCUUGGAAUCCCAUGGGUUAUGUGCAAGCAGAACGAUGCUCCUGAUCCUAUGAUCAAUGCUUGUAAUGGAAGACAUUGUGGUGAUACUUUCCCCGGUCCAAACAAAGAAAACAAACCAUCUCUAUGGACUGAGAACUGGACUACUCAAUUCCGCGUGUUUGGUGAUCCACCAACUCAGAGAUCAGUAGAAGAUAUCGCCUUUUCAGUUGCUCGAUUCUUCUCCAAGAACGGAAGCCAUGUGAACUACUACAUGUACCAUGGAGGGACUAACUUUGGAAGAACCUCUGCACAUUACGUAACCACUCGAUACUACGAUGAUGCACCUCUUGAUGAAUAUGGUUUAGAGAGAGAGCCUAAGUAUGGUCAUCUUAAGCAUCUUCACAAUGCUCUUAACCUCUGCAAGAAACCACUUCUUUGGGGUCAACCUAAGACCGAGAAGCCUAGUAAAGAUACAGAGAUUCGAUACUACGAACAACCUGGAACGAAAUCUUGCGCGGCUUUCUUGGCUAACAACAACACGGAAGCAGCAGAAACCAUUAAAUUCAAGGGGAAAGAAUACGUGAUCGCGCCUCGUUCCAUUAGUAUUCUUCCAGAUUGUAAAACUGUUGUUUACAACACUGCACAGAUUGUUUCACAACACACUUCAAGGAACUUUAUGAAGUCUAAAAAGGCGAACAAGAAGUUUAAUUUCAAAGUGUUCACUGAGACAUUGCCUAGUAAACUCGAAGGUGACUCUUACGUACCCGUUGAGCUUUACGGUUUGACUCAAGAUAAGUCAGACUAUGGAUGGUACACAACAAGCUUCAAGGUCCAUGAGAAACACUUACCUAAGAAAGGAGUUAAGACUCUUGUGAGGAUUGCUAGUCUUGGACACGCGUUGCACGUUUGGCUUAAUGGAAAAUACCUUGGAAAUGGACAUGGAAGCCAUGAAGAGAAGAGCUUUGUUUUCCAAAAACCAGUUACAAUAAAAGCAGGAGAGAAUCAUCUUGUUAUGCUUGGUGUUCUUACAGGAUUCCCAGACAGUGGAUCUUACAUGGAGCAUCGAUACACUGGUCCUCGUAGUGUUUCAAUCUUAGGAUUGAGUUCUGGAACACUUGAUCUCACUGAAAGCAGCAAAUGGGGGAACAAGGUCGGUAUGGAAGGCGAAAGACUCGCAAUCCACACCGUGGGAGGUUCAAAGAAGAUCAAAUGGGAGAAAUUCUCCGGAAAACAAUCAGGACUUACAUGGUACCAGACAUACUUCGAUGCACCUGAGAGCCAAAGCGCAGCGGCGAUUCGCAUGAGUGGAAUGGGAAAAGGUUUGAUUUGGGUGAACGGAGAAGGCGUUGGAAGAUAUUGGCAAUCGUUCUUAUCUCCAUUAGGUCAACCUACACAAAUAGAGUAUCACAUCCCUAGAUCUUUCUUGAAGCCCAAGAAAAAUCUUCUUGUUAUAUUCGAGGAAGAGCCAAAUGUGAAGCCUGAGCUUAUAGACUUUGUCAUUGUCAACAGAGACACAGUUUGUUCUUAUGUUGGAGAAAACUACACUCCAAGUGUUAGACAUUGGGCUAGGAAGCAAGACCAAGUCCACGCCAUAACCGAUAACGUUAGUCUCACGGCUACUCUUAAAUGUUCAGGCACUAAAAAGAUCUCAGCCGUUGAAUUCGCUAGCUUCGGAAACCCUAUUGGUGUUUGUGGAAACUUCACACUUGGUACUUGUAAUGCUCCUGUUUCAAAGCAAGUCAUUGAAAAGGCUUGUUUGGGGAAAGCAACAUGUGUGAUUCCAGUGAACAAGAGCACUUUCGAACAAGACAAGAAAGAUUCAUGCAAGAAUGUUGUGAAGACACUUGCCGUGCAAGUCAAGUGUGGUCGAGGCAAGAAGAACUAA